CAAUUUGCAACCGACGGGAAAAAAAUUGCAAGUUGAAAUUUACUAAAGGUUUGUAAACAAAGCCUCUGAUUUGGACUAUAUAAGAAAUAGGGAAGCACCAAUCCAGUUGCUCAGGCUAUGUCAUUGGCUUUCAUUUUGCUAAUAGUCCCAAUCAGACGAUUGUUUAGAAACCUUUAAUAGUCAACUUGCAAUUUUUUCCCUCGCAAUCUGCCUAUAAAAGUUGCAAUAUUGUGGGACAAUAUUGCACUGUGCGAGUUGUGAUUUGAUCUGUGCGAGUGUGGUUUGAUCUGUGCGGACUUUGCCAUAUUUUAAAGAUGAAUUUCACUCGUUGCUGUGUGUUUGUUCUCUUAUGUAUUUCCAACAUCUACAAGAUACAAGGAUAUAAUUUUAACGCGUGUCCUACCAGUAAGAACAAUGUUCUCAACGUAACUUACGGAUCUUUGGUUGUUAAAUGUGGCACCAAAUAUGAUCUGGAAUUGGUCACUCCUGAUCCACCAAAUAUCUCAUUUUCUCACGCAGAUAAGGUACACAUUGUUGUUGUUGUACUAAAAACAUAUGUGUAUAAAAGAUGUAAUCCCAAAGAUUUUUUCUGCAACAAUUUAGUUUGAAUUUAAUUUUUGUUUUUUAUCCAGGAAAAAUUUUAUGAAGUGCUGAUGAUCGAUCCUGAUGCAUCGAAAUGCAGAAGUUGGCUACAUAUGUUGUUGUCUGAUGUCAAGGUAGGAAGAAUGUUAUCUAUCUCCUAUAGUUAAUUAUUAUAUUACUCUCUGUCCAAGGAUUUCAGUUUUUGCCGUGUUUUUUCGUCGGUUCUGGCUAGAACUAACUGGCCAGAAGCAAAUUCUGGUGCACAGCUAGAAAUUACAAUGCUGUUUAUUUCAUUUAAGGGAAGUGAUCUUCAGAAUGGCAUUUCUGCUAAUGUUAAUACAGGGUUCAACGUGGUAACAGGUAUGAAAUACGUUUUAUAGCAAGAAGUAUGUCUUUGUUCUUUAGCUAGAUCUUUUCAUAUUGUUUUAGUCUGUUUUACUUAUGAUGGAGUAGUUUCCUAUGAUAGCUGACAUUUAAGAUUAUUGACUAUAGUAUCUUAUACUUCUACUGAACAAGAAAACAUUUGGCAUUUUACAAUGUAUAUGUACUGUAACACUUUAAUUUAAUUUUACAGAAUACAUGUCCCCAGGGCCUCCCAAAGGAGCUGGCUAUCAUCGGUAUAUUCAAGCUGCAUUUGGCCAUGAAGAACCCUUGAAUCUUGAGAAAAUAACACAACGAUGUGGUUUUGACAUUGAUUUAUUUAGCAUAACUCACAAUUUACAUCUGAUUCCUGAUGCAAACAACAUGUUUAAAACACAAACAAAGUAACUCAUAUUCAUGCGAAACAGUAUAAUGAAUUAUUUGGUGAUAGUCAUUUGUAUACGAUAUAUAUAUAUAGUAUGUAGAAAAAGGGAAAAGUAUAACUCAUAUUCAUGCGAAACAGUAUAAUGAAUUAUUUGGUGAUAGUCAUUUGUAUACGAUAUAUAUAUGAUGUAGAAAAAGGGAAAAGUGAAUUAUAAUAUGGUAAAUUAACAACUUGUUUCAUUGUUUUUGAGCAUACAGUUAAUGUCCACAAAAGCAUCUCAUGCGCUAUAUAGUGUACAACUAACUAUAGUGUUUGCCAUAUGUAACCUAUUGAUAGGGUUUGACAUAGUGUAAAUCAGUGCAAAACUGUAUGUAGUACAACUUUCUAUUUUCAUGAGUCUACAGUGAACUCAUGCUAAUAUGAAUAUAGUUUAGUUUAAUCAAUUAAAUAAUUUGACCACAAUUUAGGCUGUUAAUCUAAGGGGAUUAUAGUCAGGCAGAUAGAGGCUCAAAAUUAUGGAAAACUUACUAUAUCGUGGGACAAUUCCAUUUUGCCUUCAUAUUGUGCCCUGAAGGCUAGUAACUGUAUGUUGGCCGCGCCAAAAUUUCUUGUGGGCUCCUGCCGACACGUUUUUCUUCGAAUUUUGUAU